CGGACGAACGGACUCGUCGAGAACGUUUCUUUCCUCUGGUGUGCUCCCGACAGGGGCUCCAAAAGUUCUUACGUAAAUAAAAAAUAAGUGGUUUCGACUAAACCUCUUUUUUUAAUGGUGUGUUUUUUCUUUCGGUUUAUCGAAACGCAGUUGAAGUGUAACAAAUAUUAUUCUCGGCUAAAGCAAUCAACGUUUUCGCGACCGCGAACCAAGUUUUCGUUGCUAAGAGAAAAUAAAAAGAUCUAAUCCCGCGUUUAUACACGCUGUGAAUAUGUUGGCGCGCGUAUAGAGCCCUCGGAGAAAAUGAAAGGUUCACUGAGCGUGAACAAACUUCUCCCGCCAAUCAUGAAAAAAUUAAGUAACAUGGAAUAAACGAGAAUAUCAAGCAUCAACUGAUUUCAUAUAUAACGAAACAACGAACGUCCACUGUUAAUGAGUCACUGCCUGAGAUAACCUAACAUUUAAAAAAGCUUCCACUAAACGAGCAAACGCAGCAAAUAUACGAAAAUAUUAUUUUUAUUAUCGUAAAUAUUGCCAGAAAAGAAGAGUAUUUGAACCAUUCCAUCCUAAGCUCUCAAACGUAAAUACUUAAUUACCAGCGUACUUAACGAAAAAUAUAUCGAAACAGUAACAAGCUUUUACCCAAGAUCGAACAACACGAUUAAGAAACUAUCGAGACUGAAUAUUAUUCGUUAGUCAAUAUCUAUAGAUGUCAAUUUAUUUAUUUAACCAUUAGAAUUGAUUAUUUUUCACUUAAUAUUUCUUAGAAUUAUUCACGGAAUAAUUCUUUUCCUCGUACUCUUUGUGACGCUUUCGCCCUACUCGUGAUUUUGACGUUUCGUUGCAUCAGCCCUCUCUUCCCCUCGCGUCCUUUUCCACACGUACGCACACAAAGCGUUCUUUGUUCCCGUUUGACGGAUCUUUGCCAUCUAUCGGGAAUCUAUCUUCGUACAAGUACCAAUAAAUGCUGUGAUAAAAUUUAAAUCAACAAACAAAAAAUAUAUAUUGUAUAUUUAUGUAUCAUAAAACAUCGUGGACUCUCUACUAUUGCUGCAAUCUUGAAAUACACCAGGCUAGCCAGCUGGGCCAUUCUUGUGGUGUGACUUAUUAUCAGGCGCACUACAAUUAACGUGACAUCGAUACUACGAUAGUCACACGCUUGGUUAACAUCAAUCAAGUCAGCUAUCGGUCACACGUCGCAGGAAUGGACACUUCGGGCUCGCCUGUACCGGAUGCAAUCCACUCUCUCCUUGAGCGCCUCCAGGAAGCUCUUCUACUCGAGGUUAAAUAUCAACCGAGUUUACAAUUACCAGUCACCACUCAAAACGAUGAGAUAACGAUCGGUACACGCGAUGGUUCAGCUCACGUGUUGAGAUGCCUUAAAGUAUGGUACGAUUUGCCGUCGGACGUAUUGUUCAUAGCGAUCAAUUUGAUCGAUCGUUUUUUAACAAAAAUGAAAGCCCGACCGAAACACAUGGCCUGCAUAAGCGUCGCGUCGUUCCACAUUGCCGCCGUCCAAAUGGCUCAGUCACUGGACGCCGAUCAUCUUGUGUCAAUAUCACAAUGCAAAUGUACCGGUGGCGAUCUCAAACGAAUGUCCGACGUUAUUGGCAGUAAACUCGAGUGGCAACCCGGCACAACACCCAUCACUUCUCUCACAUUUUUACGACUUUUCAACGUCAUGUUUCAUACAGCCGCUUCCCAACUCGGGCUCGGUGAACUUUACACGAGUAUCGUUACGGAAUCUGAACUUCUUUUGAGGCUGGAAAUGGUUGCCUGUGACGGUAAUUGCGCAAGUUUGCGAGCCUCCGAGGUAGCUCUCGUUCUUAUUUGCACUUAUUUGGAUUCGGCGGUUAAUCGCUUGGAUGCGAACGCCGAUGCGACAAUGUCAUCCAACGGUGGAUCGUCCGUCAACAUACCAUCGACACCCGCUCAUCAGAUGCUUCGGCUUGUUGAAUUCGCCGCGGAAUUACAAAAAAUGUGCAAGAUUACGGACGAGAGUUUCUUCGCUACGCACGAACUCGUGAGUGCUGUUCUGAGCAAAUACAAUGCACAAGAGCAGACACCGCACAGACAGAGGCUCGUAUGGCGUUUGUCAUCAAGAACUGCACGUCUUUUGCGUCCAACUGACAAAUUCACAUCCGUAUUGCCCGUCAUUGCCGAGCAUGCACCUGUAUCAUCGCCAAGCAGAAUUAGAAAGAGCCGAAAAUUUGCUCGUCGUCACGGCAAUAAGAGGCGUUAAAAACCGCUAUGAAUGGAAAGAAAAUAACAGUAAGGGAAGCAGGAGUUAAUAAUUCGUACGUGAUUAUUAAACGUGUUUGGAAUCCGAAAAGUAAAAAAAGCGAAGAACAGAGAAAAACGUAAGUCCGUGUGUCAUUGAUCUCUCCGCUGGUUUUGAGGCUCGAAUAAGUAUCACCGCUCGUACCAUUGAUUAGAAUGGAAAAAAAGAGACUAAAAUCAUCGUCAUCGUCACCAUCAUCGUCUUAAUAUUUAAAAAGAGGAAGAAGAAUGUAUGAAUCGCCGUUGUACAAGGUUGACGACUGUUUAAUGGGAUUUUCUCGCCAAUCGAUUGAGAAGGCCGCUGGAAGAAUUAUAUUGUCAGGAGAGAGCGUUUUGAAUGUUCAGUCCUUGCGAAUUUGCGUGAAAAAAAAAUAUAUAUAUUAUUGUGAUUGAGUAAGGUCGAAAAAACGAAGAAAUAAUUUCACGGGGCGCGCGAGGUAAAUUUUGUAGAAGCAUUGAAAAUUAAUGUGAUACAAAUUCGGCAGUGGUUUAUUAAGUAGGAAAAGUCCACUGUUAACAAAAAUAGGUAUAUUCUAUCUAUAAAUAUAUACGAAUAUAAAUAUAUAUGUAUAUACACGAAUAUACAUCUAUAUAUAUAUAUAUAUUAUAUAUCUAUUAACGAAUGAAUUAAAAGCAAAUGAAAGCAAAAAAAAUAUAAACAAGUCGUGAAAAUGGAAAAAAAUUACAAAUAAACAAAAAAAAACACAAAAUGGUAGCUAAAUGAAAUCAAUUAAUGAUAACUUAAGUGUUGAUAAAUGCGAAAGAAGAAAAAAAAAUUAAAAAUGAAUCUUAUAUUAAGGUGAAAAAUUGGAGUGGAGAUAAACAACAGAAACAUAGAAUCGUGACUGUGAAAUAAAGAAUAAUUUUGUUGUACGUUUGAAUGUGUGAAUAACUAUCAGUUUAAGAGUGAGUGUGUGUCCGAGACAUUUUUUCUGUCAAUUCCACCCACGAUUGCUAGAAGUUCAAACCAUUGUUUGUUUUUUCACUGUAUUUCUCGAGUUAAUUAUUUUGUCUCUAUAACGCAUUCGGAGAAUCCAAAUUGUUGAGCAUUGGAAAAAAACGAAAAAUCUCGGUACAUCAUCGGAGGAUGAAAAAUUUGAGGAUUUGCGAAGCUGUCUCGAAGAAAAUGAAUGUUGACGAACACCAUGACUCAAGAGUAAAUUUUGUAAUGUUUUCUUUUGAUUAUUUAUUUGUAUGAGUGUCUUUUGAAAAAAUGAUAAUUUCCACUUUUUUCCUCUUCCAGUUUUUUAAAUUAAAAAACUCAAAGUUUUAAAACAAUUUCACGAACCCCUGAGGGGUCAGGAAUAUCGAAAGAAAUUUUAUUUCAUUCCAACAUAGAAAUGAAAUUUCGCUUGGAUUCAGUCCAUGAAUGACUUUUCUUGAGACUCUGCUUCGUACAUAAAAUGUACAUUUUCUCGACUUCUCGCAAUCGAAGGUUGAUAUUGAAAUUUGUAUAUAAUAUAUAUUUCUGUAUACAAGAUGAGCGUAUAUCUUAGCACUUUCAAUAACCUUGAACCGUCGAAUUUGAGGGAAAAUAUUUCGAACGAAAGUUCCAUCGUUCCGAAUGACUCAUUGCACCGAUUAAUUUUCCGUACAUCAAUGAUUUUUUCGUCGCGAUUUCCAAUAAAUUUUUCCAAUUCAUUGGAUAAAUCGUCGUGAAACGACUCAACAAUCUUCGAGAUAAUACUUAUUCUAAAAUAUGCGAUUUUCGUAAAAGUAUUCUCCUUUGUAUUAUGUAUCUUGGAAAAUAUCGAUGAUUUCGAAUUUCGCAUCACGAGAAUUCACCGAAUUUUCUUUUCUCCUCAUAUUUUCCAACCUACUGCACACAUUCGACAUACGAAAAUGGGUCAAACUCGGUUUUAAGCAAAAACACGUUUGAAGCAAAGAACAAUAUCGAAUUUGAAAUUUGAGAUAAAAUCGAUGAAUAAAUGUUCGUUGCUGAAUACACAUUUUAUUUCGAUACUCAAGGUGUUGAGAGUUGUCAUCUCGUCCUGUUCGUCCACAGGACAGACUGUAAAUCACGAUCCUCGUUGCCUGCGUCAGAGUUUGAUCACUCGCAACAUAGUAACCUAAUAAAAUGAGAUGUGUAGAAGAAAUUUGUGAAAAAAACGUGGAUAAAGAACAUUGUAUAAAAAGCUUGAAAGAGAGAUUAAACAUAGAUGGCUGGCCUAGACCAACGAUUGUAACAAAAUCAGAAAUGGGCAAAAUUCUAAUCGGCUUCAUUCGAAUGCAAGACGAAUGAAAGUUAAUGCAAUUAUACGUAGUUCUUGAAUUUAUUAUUUAUGAAAAAGAAAUAAAUGCAAUAGUGAUUAAAUUUAUUAGACGAAAUGACGAUUGGAAUAUUAUCAAAUGUUUGGGUGUUAUUGAAAAAUUAAAUUUUACCCAUUACUGUAUUAUACUCCAGCUCAUCGCAAACUCGAGUAUCGCGAUUCUUGAACGAAACAUUUGACGAUAUUUUUGUGCUUUUUUUUCGUUUUUUUUUUUAUUUUUAUUUUUAUUUAACAAAACAGUUUGGUGAUUGAAUGUUUGUCUGGACAAUCGUCUGUACCAAACUGUAUACAUGUAUCUAUUAUCUUAUUUAUUUUUUUAAUUUAUGUGUCUCGAAAUGAUUUGAGAAUCGCCAUAUUUCGAGUUAAAUUGAACGAGUAAAAAAAUGACAACCGACGAAAAAGAUGUAGAUAAAGUAAAUGGAACAAGAAAGAUCUGUGGGAUAUGUAACGUCAGAAUGUGUAGCCAGUUUGUGCUAGUCACAAGAUAAAAAAAAAAAGCAUUAUUAAUUAAUCGUUGUCCCUUCAACUCUGUCGAUUCGAUGAACUUAUUUUAUAAUGUAUUAUAAUCUGUACAUAUAAUCUGAACGGAGAAAACGAAAAAAAAAAAUACAAACAAACAAAGAAAGAAACAAAAAAACUACAAAAGCGAAAAGAAAAAAAAUCUAACGACGAUGAAUAUUCACGGUACGAUUAUCAUUUAGCACAUGGAUUCUUGAAGAAAAUUUUCUUCUAUUACGAGCAAAACAGAAUUAAAAAAAAAAACACGAGGUAACAAGAGCUUACGAAAAGAUUAUAAUGGAAAAAAGUAAAAAAAAUUAACAAAAUAAUUAAAACGAUCGAGUUGAAUGCGAUUUUUCGCAAUUAUAUCAAUACCAUCAGCAAAUGCAAACAAUUUCUUGUCACCGAUCUUCUCAAAGUCUUACAUAUCUCAGGGUAAUGCGGUUUUUGUGAAAGAAAAAAGCUGAUGUCACGAAAGUAUGAUCGACACCAAUGUACAGAAUUUCAAAAAAAAAGUAAAUGAAUCGUGAAUUAUAUCACGAUAAUUUCAAUAUUUUCGUGAACCAUUUUUUUUCUCUCACGUGGAAAAAAUCUUCAAUCACGAUCGGUCCUUUUAGAGUGACAACAACACGUUGUCGUCGUCGUCGUCGUCAAAGGAAAAAUUGAUAUCGCGAAACACUAAAAAAUUUUUUGAAUUUCGAGAACCUCAGUAAUUUAAUGAAAUAUUUAAAAUAAAAUCAUUUAAAUCAAAAUAAUUCACAAAAUAUUCUCAGUGGAGAGGAGGGGAAUUUAUCACGAAAUCUUUCUCCAACAAUUUUACUUGUCGAAUAAUUCAACGAAUUAUUGCACUCUUUCAUUCACUCAUCGCAGCUGCAAUGUGUCGCUGGAUUUACAUCUGUUUUCAAACCAAGACAUGUGUGUUGUAUCGACGAAUGCUUUUUUUUCUUUCCUUUUCUUUUUUAUAUCACCUAUUUAAUGUGGGCAAUUAUUGUGAUGCCAAGAAAAUUCGUUUGUGAAAAUAUAAAUAAUUAUUAUAAGAAUCAACUUCGUGAAAGAGAGCAAGAGAGUGAAAAAAAUGCACAAUAAUGAAAUCCACGAUAAAGAGAGAAAAAAAUAAACAACAUUUCGACCUUACCAUUUUGUUUUGUUUUUUUUUCUUUCAUUUCCGACAUAUCGUUGUUGACAUAUUCAUCAACAAUGAACGCCUGGAUAAUUUCUAAAAAAAAAUAGUUUCUAGCAUUCGCACAAGACUUGGACUGUUUUGAAUGAUAAAUUAUAACAAAUUUUCAAAUAUUGUAUGCAUUUAGGUCGAUUUCAGAUUUAAUGAAUUCAUUUGAAACUCAAUAUUCAUACGUAAAGUAAAAAAAUAUUUUUGAGGUUAAUUUUUUGGUUAGAAUUAUCGUUUUAUGCUAUCACUGCAUUUAAAAAACAUGAAAAUUUUCUUCAAUAUACGAAAAAAGGAAAUUUACGUAAAUAUGUUUACAUCCAUGUGGAUCUAUAAAAUUAUUGUUCUACGAAUUGAUUUUGAUUUAUUUUGUUUAACAAGUACGAACGAUCCCCAUGGCCAUUCACGAACAUGAUCUUAAAUCGAGUGUUGAAUUCCCAGUCGGAAAUCCGAACGUUGUUUUUCGAAUCGGCCUUUUCGAUCGCGAGGGCGUUUGGUUAUAGGGCAACAGACCUUUGGAUUAGUAUUGUAGAAAUUUGCAACAAAAAGUUAUCGGAGGCCCUUUUCUCCGUUCUUCGUUUUUAGAGCGCGGAUGAAACUACUAAACUAAAUAUGUAAACACAAACGUGCGCCGGCGGCCACGCGACCUUCGAGUGCGAGUAUUUUGUUUCGAUUCGUUGUGUCGGAGAGCAAAAUAACUGACCGUAGAAAAGUGAAUUCUGGACAUUCUCGGUCGAGGAUGCAACGUAAUCGGGCGCGUGUCCUCAAGUUAAAAUAUUUGAUGUGUCAUUGGAAAAAACUUUACUCAGAAUUCAACGAAAUCUACCGAUGCGGAAUUCAGUGGCGACCUUAUGCUUACAUUCAUAUCAUUGAUCGUGAUUCACUUGGUGAAGACAAAGACCGUCUUUCUCUAACGUUAUUUCAAAUGAUUUGGAAAACUGUUCAUCGUCACAGCUAUACUUGAUGUAAUUCUUGAUGCAAAAUACAGUAGGGAAACGUUCGCUUUUUAAAUAACCUAUAAAUCGAACGUUAUUUCAAAGCCCGUAAACCCCAACAAGCAUGGGUUACCGGCUUCGGUCGUUCGUUUCGUGGUUAUGUGGCGCAGAAAAACAUUCAAAUAUUUGGAAAAAAUGUAUACAUUUCGUUUCCAAUGUGUGAGUUUUUCUUGAAUUUCCAACAGUAUGAUGUGAAAAUUUCCACUUCAAAGGGAGCAUUAUUCAGUGAUUCAGUGAUGUUUUUGUUUUGGAAAAAUGCACAAGUGUGAACGCCGCACGCCACAGGCGUGAAAACCGUUAACCCAGGGUGGGGGUUUUAGGGUUGACGCGAAUGUCCAGUAAAUAGUAAAAGUCGAUCGCAAGUGUCAAUGAAUCGCUUCAUUUUUGAGUGAAAUGAAAAUUAUUUAAUUUUUCAAGUAAUGUCAAACGGCUGGUUCUUCAUGAGAUUCACGAAACGAAAUGAUGACUGCUGAAGAAAUAAGAAAGAACGAGUCGAGAACGAAUGGAGUGGGAGAAAAACCGUUCGAAGUAUAAAAGCAAAAAAAAAUGUAUAAUUCGUCAAAAAAUGUGAUACAACAGCGAGCCCAGCCAAUAACGUAAUUUUAAAAGAUACUGUCAAAAGUACAAAACGAUUAUUUGAAUGAGUUUAAUAGGAAAAAAAAUGUCUAAACAUGCAGACGUAAUAUACAAGUCUGCCCUUGAACUGGGGCUUGGAGAAACUCGCCGCAUCGUCGCGGCUGAAUCUCGAAAUGCCAAAAUCUUUUUCACGUCGAUUGAGCUAUUUGAUUGAAAAAUAAAACAAAAAUAAAACAUUAGAAGAGAGAAAAGUUCGAUAAAAAAUAUUUACGAGUCGUUAAAUAUAAUUAUUAUGAAUUAUCAUUCCCAAAUGUUAUGUGAAAAAUUUGUUGACCCUAGAAAAGUGAAGGUAUUGUUUCAAAAUACGUGAAUAGAAUGUUCCAAAACUUCGUUAGCGAAAAAAGUAACCUAACAUAAUUUCUGUUCAAGUUCAUGAAGCAGUAUUUUAUGAGGCGUUCAGUGGACAUAAUCUUUUUGUCCGAAUUUAUCAUUUGGUGAUCCCAUAACCGUGUAUUUUUUUAAUAAAUUUAUGAUUAAAUAUACUGAAUGAAGAAUACCUUUUCAAUAAAUAAAAAAAGUAUUAACAGUUAUGAGAAUUUGUAGCCCUCGUAAUAACUCAUAUGUGUGUGCGCCAUCUCGCGGCAAAUGAAUAGUUGAUCAAUGUAUAUUAUUUUCACUAUACGUGGACGCUUCGCUUUUGAAAUUUGUCAAUAUUAUUUUGAUCACUGUAGGCGACGAGUACAUCCGCACGUCAAAGUUUCUCUUAGAUUUUUAUCCUCUAAUUGUACAUCAAAAUUGCACAAAAUUUUAUUCUCAGUACUCGUAAAAACGAAGUUUCAUUUUGUGACACGUAUCGGAAAUAAAAGAUCGUAAUAAAAUUCAUACUCUCGCGUAACGAUAUUCGUAUGUAAAACACCUCGUUAUUUUUCGGCUCACAAAUACGUACUACACGAACUGAAAAUCAAACGGAAGUGUAAAACGAACAAACAACAAAUGUAUAAUUUAAAAAAACUGAAUUUAUGUGCGUAAUCCAUUGAUGAAUGUAAUAUUUCGUGUGAAGAAAGAACAAAGAAUAUGAGAUAUAUGUUGACGCUACAUCUGGUGGCAGCUCGAGGAACGUAUGUUUUCUACGCAAACUUUUUUUAUAUUGCGGAAUAAAACAAAAGUGUCAGCCUAUCAA